UAUUCAGCAGUCAGCACCAUUUUUGUGUUUUGUUUAUGUUGUGUGUAUACCUUUCAUUCGUGUUAGCCGAUCUUCUUUUAAUUGCACAUUUGCUUUGAAUUUCCAUUUUUAUUUGUUUUUUUAGUGAAAGAUCACUACGGUGAAUAAAAGUGUGUGUGACAUAAAGGACUGAACAACAUGGAAAAUAAUCUAGCUCCUCCAAUGAAACCGAUUGCACCUCCUGGCUUACUUAAAUUAAUUGAACAAUGCGAAAACCUCUAUCCGGAUCAAAAGAAUCCCCUUCAAGUAACAACGUUAGUGAAAUACUGGCUAGGUGGACAGGAUCCAUUGGAUUACAUCAGCAUGUAUUUUAACGCUGGCAAGCCCGAACUGAACAUACCACCUCAUUGGCACUAUGUCACCUUUGGAUUGAGCGAUCUUCACGGGGAUGGCCGUGUGCAUCAAGUAUCCAAUGAAACGACCGAGCACCUAUCCGGAAUGGGAUUCGAACUGACGUUUCGCCUGAUCAAGCAAACGCCGACAGUGACUGAAAAUGAGAAACCGCCGACAUGGCCAGCCAAUUUACUACAACAACUGGCCCGGUAUGUGUUCCAAACCGGUAAUCGUUUUGUCAUCGGUGACAAUGUGCCGUGGCGUAAGAGCUUGGAUAAUUCCAAGUCCAACAUUAAACACAUGCUGAUCGCCGAUGAUCCACAAUUGGUGCGAACGAACACUCCAUUCGGGUGGGUCGAUUUUUGUCAAAUUGUUGGGGUCACCGAAGAGGAAUUGGAUCAAGCAUCGCGGUGGAAUGGGAAAGGUGUUACCAAUUUGUUGCGAAGAGAUCCGAGUACGGGCGGUGAAUGGCUGAUUACGAAUAUGAAUCGGGCGUCAAGUGUCUUUGAGUUGUUCCCAGAGACAUUGAAACAGUUGGAAAAGGAUUUGGAGAAUGAAGGAUCCGACUUGGCCGGUGUUAAUGCAGACUUUACGUAUAAAGAGAUCCCGAAGACGAAAAUCAAAACGGAAUUUGACUCGGAAAUGUUGGCACUAAAGUGUUCGUUGAACGACAACGUUCCGGAUCGUUUCAUCAAAACUGAAUCGGUUGAAGAUCAAAAAUUCAAUUCUUCAUCCUUGUCCACAAACAAUUCACUGAACAAUUGCUGUCCGGUCAACUAUCAGCCGAAUUCAUCACACGUUGUCCAUUUGGAUGGUCUUCAAUUGACAUUGGCUCCGUAUGCAGCGAAAUUCCUCGUAUUGGCAAUACGCGAUCGAAUCAGACAUGGUAGACAUUUCACAUUCAAGUGCCAGAAUAUGGCAUUGACUAUGGUGUCCGAAUCGGUUACUGGUUCGGUUGUGUCCAAAAAGAGUCCGUACGGUGUGCAGGGAUAUUGGAUGCAAAUUCUCAUUGCGGAUGAUUUCAUUGACGUGUUACUGGAAUCGUUAAAGGAUUUGUCUGGUGGCGUCGAAACGAUGACUUUGCCGAAACAAUAUGAAUGGCCGGAUAAGAAUCUCAAAAUUAUCAUUGACAAUCCCGAGCAACAGUAGGGGAUUUAAGGAUUUUUUUAAAAAUUAUUUUUAAAGUAAAAUUUGACUCCAUUUUGUAAA